ACGCGCUCUGGGUGCCGGUGCCGGUCUUGUACGACCACUGCAACUAAUGUGUCACGCGUUUUGCAGCAGCAGCUAGCAGGAGUAAUCCUCUUGCCGGCAUGCAUGUGAGCCGAGCCGUGCAACCAACUGCGUGCCUCUCUGCUCUGGCUGCCUCGCUUCCUUCCUUUCUAUAAAGAUCCCACACGCACAAAUCAUGAGCCAGCCGCGCUUACAAGUGAAUGAGAGUGGGAGGAGAUCAUUCAGAUUUCACAUUUCAGAGAAGAAGGAGAAGCUCGCUGAGAGGAGAGAGGUCUAGCUAGAGUGUGUAGAGAGAGAGAGAGAGAGAGAGAGAGAGAGAGAGAGAGAGAUGGACUGGUACGCGUGGCUGUCGAAGGCGGGGCUGACGCCGGCGGCGACGUACGAGUACGGGCUGCUCUUCAGCGAGAACGAGCUGGAGCCGGGCGACGCGCCGGACUUCGACCACGACCUGCUCAAGAGCAUGGGCAUCGCCGUCGCCAAGCACCGCCUCGAGAUCCUCAAGCUCGCCCGGAAGGACGCCGCCGCCGCCGCCUCGUCCCAGUCCUCCUCCUCCGCGGCCGCCCGGCUCGCGCGCAGGGCCGGCAGGUGCAUCGCCCGGUGCGCGCGCCGGCUGGGCGGGGGCGGGGGCGCCGGCGGGAGGCGGUACUCCUCGUCCUCCGUCACCGUGGUGCCGCGGAUCUGCAACGGCGCGGCCGGCGACGUGGUGGUCCGCGCCGGCGCCGUGCGGCGGAGGAGCAGCGUGAAGAAGAUGGUGCUCAUGAUCACCGACGGCGGCGUCGCGAGCGGCGGCGGCGGCGGCGGCGUCCGGUUCUCCGGGUCGCAGAAGGCCAGCCUCAUGUUCCAGGACUGCGCGUACGAGGACGACGACGAGGACGGCGCCCGCGAGGAGGACGAGGAGCGGUGCUCCGACGGCGGCACCGCCGGGGGCGAGAGCGAGAUCAAGUGGGACUCCAUGUUUCAGGACCUCAAGCCGACGUGAGCUGCGUGCGCGACGACGCCGAGCAGAACAUUUCCUCUUGCUCCCUCGAUCCCUUCUCGUGAUCGAGUUUACUGUUUUCUUGGUGUGCUUGCGAGGAUGUGGCCUCUGGUUUUGUCCUCUGUAAAAUGAAUGGUUUUGGAGUGAUGAGUGAAGAACUGAAGAUCAGGAA